AUUGAGAAUAUAUGAGUUUAUAUAUGCAUGCAUUUUUUGUCCGUCUUUUUUCUGAUCCACACUCCAUACCAGUUGGUGGCGGUAAUGCCCAAAUCGUUUGUCAACAGCCAAUGAGCCUCAAAGAAGAAGACUCGGGCGCCGGGCGGGCAAUUUGAGCGGACUGUUGUUGUGUCAGUCGUGUGGCGAUGCAAUUCUACCGAUUGUAAAGUAAAUCCAACGAGAAUCCGUCAUUUCACCAGGAAAGGGGUCAGUAUGAACAAAGGGACGCUUCAAAACAUAAUGGCGGAAUCUAAUAAUCUUAACGGCUGGCAGAGACGACGUUCACCGCGGUUGACUUCUCCUCCUCAGGCUAACGUUAAACCUGGCAACAACAUGGCGCUGGCCUCGGUCGCUGUUAAACGUUCCAUCACGGUGAGAAAAAUAGCACCCAGAAAAACAGUUGCACCGUCGGAGCACAACAAGGAGAACACAUCCAGACGGUCGGGGUCGGAAAGCAGCCAAAAGAAGAAGCCGAACGUCUCCACGCCAGAUCCUGUCACAGACCGAAGGAGCUCCUCCACUGCCAAGAAAAAGCAGAAGGCCGCUGUUCUCUCACCGAUCCUCCCCUCAUCACCGCCGCCCCCUCCUCAUCCCCGACAGCCGGCAGCGGAGCCAGAGGACGCGGGCUGGUCCCAGAAAGUACGCCGCUCCUACAGCAGGCUCAGUGACAAGUCCUUCAACAGCCCCGAGUCCCGGGAGACCAUGUUCGGCUUUGAGAAGCUGACCCCCGACGUGGUCCGCAGAGUCGAGCGGCCCAAGACAGGUCUGGAGGUUUCUGGACCCUUGUGUGGUUUGAACUCAUUUACGUCUUUGCUUGAGGCGGAUGACUGCGGUUCAAGUUUCGCCAAACCGGACCCAAACAUCCCUGGGGUGGCCUUGGUGAAGGAGAAGAGGAGGAGGAAGAGGGUCCAGCAGAUAGGCACCACAGAGCUGGACGCACUGGCGGCCCAGAUGAACGCAGAGUUUGAGGAGGCAGAGGAGUUUGAGUUGAUCGUGGAGUAACGUUAAAUAAUGUGACUGACUGAGUGAAGAAAGCUAUUAAAGCGAGUGCUGGGAAACACACUGACUCUGGGAGGACAGCACUCCGCUGUGUGCCUCAUACUAACAAGAUUCACUUUUUUAUAUUUCCUGCUCUAUAAAUUCAUAAUGUCUUUUGAAGUUUUAUAUGUUUGGUUGUUCCUAAUGUGUUUAAGUCAUCAUGUGGUCAAGAUGACCAGUAGACAAGUUAAACCUAAAGCAAGUUCGUUGUGCGUGUUUUUGCUGGUUAUUGUUAAAACAUACAGCUUUUUUUGCAUGAGAAAAAAAAACAACAGCAUUUUGUAAGUUUGUUUUCAAAUAGGUGUGGACUGUUUUUAAUUUAAUUCUUAUUCCCAAACUGGCUGUGCCCAUGAUACAUAGACAGACAGUUUAAUAUGAAUGGCAAUCACAUGUGGAAGCUGUAGUUUGUAAAGUUUGAGACAUUUUUGCAGGGUAGGUUCUGAAAGCUAGGAAGGGACAGUUUUACAACAGAAAAACUGAGUAGACUGAAUUGUGAUUUUGUAUUUCUUCAUAAAUAUUGAAUCACUGAAAAACAACAAAUGUGGGCAGCAGUUCAGGGGUCUGUAACCAGGAUACUGCCCUUUUAAUAAUGUUCUACAUCCACAGAUAAUUGGCAUACACUGUCAGAACAAGACUGUAAGACCACACCUAUUGAUGUUGUUCUUAGAUGUUGUCUUUUCUUAAACAUAAAAGAAAAUCAAUUUCAU